ACUAAUAAUUGCAACACUUGUAUUCGCCGUUGCUUUUAAUUGUUUUUGUAUUUCGCACACUUUGAUUAGAAUUUUCACUCUCACGACUGAAAACCGAUUUGAUUGGACGGCUCCGAGGAAACAUUGUUUGCCGACUGCUGGAGAGGAGAAUGUCAUUAUAAAGAGCAACAUUUGGCCGAGAACGAUGAUUUUUGCUUUCACCGAGUGACAAGAAGCUUUGUAGUAAGGUCGGCGGAAGAGCGAUACUAUUGACUAACACUUGGGACUGCAACGGAAUAUCCCCGAGGAAAGCUGGACCGACUUCAAGAGACAAGACACUCAAGGAGACAAAGCAGAAAACACAUCAAAGCAAAUGCACCACGGUUGUGAAAGUUUGUGACUUUUUUUUUUAUAUUUUGGGAGGACAUACCAACUAACCCAACAUUCAGGUGACCAGCGAUGGGGAAUCAAGCUAUCACGUGUCCGGUGCCACCUAAGGUUAAAGGACAAGAGCUUGGCAAAUAUUUGACAGUGAGACAAAUUCAUUUAGUACAAAACUCCUGGGAUUUGAUCAAAGAUGAUCUUGGCAAGCUAGGAUUAUGUGUUUUUAUGAGGUUUUUCGAAUCGGAACCCGACUUGAAGUCCCUAUUCCCUAAGAUUGUCAAAAUGAACAACGAAAAUCAGCUGGAGUACGACAUUGACCGCGAGAUGCUGCAGCGACACGCUGUCACCGUGUUGGAGGGACUCGGGGCCGCGGUGGAGAGUCUGGAGGAGUCGGACUUUCUGAACAGUGUCCUGAUCUCCAUCGGCCAAACGCACGUGCAAAGGCACGUAAAGCCCAACAUGCUUCGGAGGUUAUGGCCAUCCUUGAAUUAUGGACUAAAACAAUGCUUGCAAGAAAACUACACAAAAGAAGUGAACGAAGCAUGGAAGAAAGUGUAUUUUUACGUCUGCUUCCAUAUGAAGCGAGGAAUGGAGAACCCGGAUCUAGAUUUUGAUUCCUACUGUAACGGCACCAAAUGAUGAAAUGGACAAACGCACACAGGGAAACGAAAUACGAGUAUCUCUAUCAUUCAUAAUGUUCAACUUUUUCUGAUCAUGGUUUGUUGUUUUGGUUUUUCUCCUUUUCAUGUACAUCAAUAUUCAUGUACAGGAACAUGGUCAUUUAAUUCAAUCUACGAGCGCCAUGAUAGAGAUGUCAACUCGAGAUCGUCGUUAGCGGUUUCAGAUCGUUCAAGAGGGAAUUCUGAGCUCCAAUACUUUACUGAUCGUCAUACUAGCCCGGCUUUGAUAUGCGCGUCUUGGGGGAUUAUACCCAAAGGUGAUCGUCCAUGAACACUUUAUUCCAUUUUUCAACACAUCUACAGCUGCAGUAAUUUUAAUCUUAAUCCCAUUAUUAUUCCCUGGUCUCCAUGUCUUUUAAUACGUGCUUCUCGAAUAGAUCUCCGAAAUGUACAAGAAAAAUACACUAACUUGAUUGCUCAAGGGCAUUGUUGAUUAUGAAUGUAUGAAGACGAGUUUUUGAGCACGUUUUCAUGGCAGUGCUCGAAGAGACUUCUUAGAUUAUUGUUAUUGAACUAUAAAGGUUAAUGUUUUACUUUUGUAAGUGUUGUCGGUCACGUUGUGUUGAUUUAAGAAUAAAAUUGUACAUAGUCAUAA